AUGAAGGCCCAGGGUGUUGUCCUUGGUUUCCUUUCCGCUGCACUUGUCCACGGUGCCCCGGCAUCGAUUGCCCCGGCAUCGACAGCGGGCUCGAAGAGCAAGUCACCCAUUUACAUCACUCUAGAGGAGCACUACGACCCCCCGGUUACCGAUCCCCUGCAGACAGAUCCUGUCAUCCAGUUGAUGGCUCCGCUUAUGGGCAGCGGUGUCUAUGGAAAGGCAGUCCCGGAAGCACAAUCACUGAAUAAAACGCGAUUGGAUAGCAUGGACGAGAAUAGAAUUCGCAUUCAGGUCGUAUCAAAUGAUCCAACGCCUCCAGCAUUGACAAAACCCGACACUGUGAAGACCAUGAACGACCAGCUUGCUGCGGCGAUUGCUCCAUACCCAGAGCGCUUCCGCGGUUUCUGCUUCCUUGCAAUGGCGUUACCUGAACAGGCCGCGGCGGAGCUGGAAAGAUGCGUUUCGCAGCUGGGAUUUGUCGGGGCUCUUGUCGACACCCACCUUGCAGACGAAACAUUCUACGAAAGCUCCAAGUUCGACCCGAUCUGGGAAACGGCCCAGCGCCUGGAUGUUCCCAUCUAUCUCCAUCCGACAUACCCAAUGAUCGAUGAUGUGAAUGGCACUCAGGGCCGCUUCAAGUCGCAGGAUAACGAUUGGCCUUCAGACGUGGCUGCAAUGUUGGGAACGGCUGUGUAUGGCUGGCACACGGACUGUGGCCUGCACUUCCUUCGUCUCUGGCUAGGGGGUGUCUUUGAUCGCUUUCCAAAGGUAAAACUCGCGCUGGGGCACAUGGGAGAGACGGUUCCAUACAUGCUUGACCGAGCCAAUUCCACGGUUGCAUGGGCGAAACCGACUGGAAUAACGCUUCCUGAUGCCUGGGCCACAAAUGUUUGGGUUACGACGAGCGGCUUCUUCAGUUUGAAUCCGUUUGCGACGCUGUUGAAAACUACAUCGACAGAGAGAAUCAUGUUCUCGGUCGACUAUCCAUGGGCGACAAACGAGGAGGGCGCAGCUUUUAUGGACAGCUUGAAAGAAUCGGGCAUGGUCAGUCACAAGGAAUGGGAGGACAUUGCAUACCGCAAUGCGGCGAAUUUCCUGAAACUGGAGUGA